AGAAGAAGAAGAAGAUAAGGAGGGAAGUUCGAACUCGGCAGGUAACUCGAGAAGGAGUACAAGCGAAAGUGAGAUGGAGCACGAGGAGGACAACGAUGCAAGUGAAUCGGAGGAAACAGAAGCGAUGAAACCUUUAGGAAUGCACUUCGAGCCUAGCCAGUACAACAAGAAAAUCAAGCUAUCGACUAGGUGUCAUAUUUUUGAAACUUUGAAAACGCUGGAUAAAUUAGAGCAUCCACUAACUAGUUCUGAGAGGGAUUGGUUUGAGAAUCAUCCACAAUUCAAGCACAUUUUUCACAUGCCAAGGGAACCAAACCACAAGCUUAUGGGAAUGUGGAUGCUCUUACUUCGAACGGCUAAAAUCGAAAAAAAGAAGGAAGCAUGGUUUGUUGUGAAUGGUGUUCCAAUCCGGUAUGGUCUGAGAGAACAUGCUUUGAUGUCUGGAUUAGAUUGUCGGUGCUAUCCACUUGAUUACAAGGAAGCCGGCGGUACCGUGUUUCGAAGGAAAUAUUUUUUACGAAAAAAAAAGAUUACACUUGAAGAUGUGAGGAGACACCUAUUGGUAAUGCAACCAGAUCGUACUCGUGAUAGGUUGAAGAUGGCGGUUCUCUACUUUUUAGGAAGCAUCAUUGCAGGCUAUACAAAAGACUCGGGGAGAGAUGCAAUGGGUAUCGAUGAUUUUGUUGUAAGCGCAGUGAAUGAUCUAGGUUUUUGUGUGUCUUUUCCUUGGGGGAGAUUAUCAUUCGAGAACAUGCUAGAAGAGAUUUCCCAUACAAUGAGUCAUUUUAAUGGGGUCGUGGUUAAAGAGAAUGCGUUAUGGCCUGUUCCAGGUUUCUGUAUUCCAUUGGAGUUUUUACUAUUUGAGGCAGUUCCAAUUUUGGCGAACACUUACGUUGACCAAAUUCCUGAGGCGGAUGCAAGUUGUCCUAGGAUGUGCAGGAGGAAAUUUAAGAGGACCGGUCAGAAAGGUUUUCCUCUAAAGAAUAUUGGUGAUACACUUGGUACAACAACGGUUAGUUAUCCUAGCAAUUGCCAUUAUUAA